UUCUCUCACAUAUUUGCAUAGUUCUGCCUGCACCAAUGCUGCUUUUCACUUCAUCUUCUUCUUUCCCAACGGUUACUCUUUCUUCCGUUACAAAACCACUACCCUCUAAAACCCUUAUCCUACGCACACCCUUCCUUAUCCUGCGCCACUAUCUCCAAUGCCAACUUUCUUCUUCUUCUUCUUCUUCCCACUUUGCGAAGCCCAUUUCCAGAACAACCCUCACGUGCAUUCUCGGAGACUCGCAGAAGCACGUGUACCCUGACCCAAUUCCCGAAUUUGCAGAAUUUGAGACUCAAAAGUUCAAAGUUCAACUGUUACAGAAGCUUUCGGACUCGGAGGAUGUAGAUGAGUUUGGUGAUGAACUUGAUGCGGUUGUUCACGUUUGUGGUCAGAUAUUUAGUGAGUUUUUGCACAAGGAGUAUGGAGGUCCUGGGACACUGCUGGUGACACCGUUCACUGAUAUGUUUGUAGCUUUAAAGAAGAAAAAAUUACCAGGAGCACCUCUGGCAGCCAGAGCAUCACUAUUAUGGGCACAAAAUUAUGUUGAUGAAGAUUGGGAAAUUUGGAACUCAAAACUGAAAUGACUUGUACUUUUACAUUUUUCUCUCUUUUACAAUGUAAAGAUUUAUCAUUUUCUUGUAAUAUUUUUGUAUGCUUUAAAUAAAAAGAACUUCAAGUAGAUUUUGAUUUUGCAUUCA